AUGCUGGUGUCCCUGAAAUCCAAAAGUUGCUUGGAGUCAUGUCUGCAACCAACCCGACGGUAUACAACAUUCCCACCAGUUCUGUUUCCUGACUUGAUUGAAGACAAGUCUCUCAAGACCGUGUUUGGAAGUUGGAAACUGUUAGCACAGAUAUUGAAAGCAGCAUUGUGUGGUGUUACAUCACUCCACCAGGGUAGCAGUCACAGCAUUGGCGCUCACACGAAUUUGCAGAAGUGGGAUAUCUGCCAAGUCAUGCCAGGAUCGAUUGCAUGGGCAGCCGUCAUUACAAUAUUUUUCCUCUCACCUGACACCGAGUUUUCUGGUUCAGGUGUGGGGAAGAAAUCCAACAUCAGCUACAAGGAGCUUUUCUACAACUAUAAGAGAGUUCUUGUCACAAAGUGGAAGAGUAAGUGCAUCGAGGAGAUCGUGACUAAGAUCAACAACUAUGUUUUCAGCGCCGCUGCACGAACUUCAACCAUUGAUGCUGAUCAUGAAGAUCAUACCAAUGCUAUCAAUCGGGCCAUGGUGGCACUUGAUGUGAAUAGUGACGACAGGUCAGUGGACGCACCCACUCAUGGCACACCCAAUACAGUUGCAGCUGCAGAGCCUGCCUCCAUACUGCAGCUCAUUGAGAGUAUCUCGGGGAUGUCUGCCCUUAGCAACAUUGAUGAGAGUGGACCUGAUAUUGGGCCAGACACAGAGACUGAUCCUGUCAUUCAGGAAUUACAGGCUGCAGGAGGAGGUGAAGGCAGGGGAAGGGGAAGGGGAAGAAAGAAGAAGGCUGCUGCUGCAUCUUCUGGAAUCACAGUGACUCGUGCAACUCAUUCUCACAAGUAG